AUGGAGUGGUCAGUUACCUCCACUCACGGCUCCGUCAUCUCACCAAAUAAAACCAUCCACCCAUGUGAUUAUGACGAUGCCGUAAUACAUCCCGAUAGACAAAUGCGAACAUGCGACUAUCAAGAUAUGGAUCCCAUGAGCCCGGCAACACCAAGAAGGGUAAUGGGUCUACCAAAAUCCCUGGCCUCGACUCCGGCUCUAACAGCCAGAUAUUCUAAUUUAGCCGCAGCAUCGGAAAAUUAUAUCGACGAUGAAACCCUUGUUACUCUUUCAGUAAGAGAUUUAAACAAAAGUCUUCACGGUGUACCAAAAGAUGUAGUUACCAAAUUAAAACAAAAAAGAAGAACGUUAAAAAAUCGAACGUAUGCACACAAUUGUAGGAGCAAAAGGAUCAAACAAAAACAAGAAUUAGAAAAUGAAAAUACAUCCCUAAAAAACGAUUUAUCAAAACAAAAAGCGGAAAAUCAUAGACUUCUUCAGGAACGUGACAGAGCGAUACAAGAGCGUGAUUUUUAUAAACACAGACUGGAAGAGGUAACGAGAAGAUCCGGACCUUCCGAAGGUAUUCAAAAUUCUGUCACAAAUUCUCAAAAUUUGUACCAGUGA